GCUUAGUUUUUUUUUGUUUUUUUUUACUUUGUUGUUUUAUUUAUUUGUAUUUUAAGCGAGCAUGUGCGUAAUUUUGCGAGGAUUGCCGAGGUACCACCGGGAGUGAGUGCGUUCUGGCAAUAUGCGCCGCUGGGAUAUGGUUUGCAAUCGCAAGGCUUAUGGAAUAUAGCCUCGUUUGUCACAGUCUGUAUGCCCUCUGGUCUAGCCCCGUGAAGAAGAAACUUAUAUUGCUCGGCAUCAUGUUUUUAAUCUGGGUAUACAUGCUGUACUCCUGCGUGGGCUACUGCUCCACCAUGCCAAGUUUGGUGGUGGAUAGUUACCGGGGCAAGGAGACGGGAUCGGCGGUGGGCAAAAGGACAGAGAGCAGCAGGGCGGACCUGAUGUCCAGACUGCUGGCCAAACCGCAGAUAUGGGUGGAUAUAGAGGCCGACUAUGAGGAGCCGUCCAUCAGGACCGCGGCGUCCAGAGACCUGCUCAACAACGAGAUGGAGACGGACAGAGCCGAGGACUGGGACGAGCUCCGGGGCGAGCAGCAGAGAGCCCCGGAGCCCAGUGCCAUGUCAAGUUUCUCCAACGGGUCGGGGAGCAAGAAGCUGCCGCAGGCGAUCAUCAUCGGGGUGAAGAAAGGAGGGACCCGGGCUCUGCUGGAGUUUCUCCGGGUUCACCCCGACAUCAGAGCCGUGGGAGCGGAGCCGCACUUCUUCGACCGCAACUAUGACAAUGGACUGGAUUGGUACAGGGAGCUGAUGCCCAAGACCCUGGAGGGCCAGAUCACCAUGGAGAAAACCCCCAGCUACUUUGUGACCAGAGAGGCGCCGGCCAGGAUCUCCGCCAUGUCCCGGGACACCAAGCUAAUCGUGGUGGUGAGGGACCCCGUCACCAGGGCGAUCUCGGACUACACGCAGACGCUGUCUAAGAAGCCUGACAUUCCCUCCUUCGAGAGCCUGACCUUCAAAAACAGGACUACGGGGCUCAUCGACACGUCGUGGAGCGCCAUCCAGAUCGGCAUCUACGCCAAGCACCUGGACAACUGGCUGCAGUACUUCCCCAUGGAGCAGAUCCUGUUUGUGAGCGGCGAGCGUCUGAUCAGCGACCCGGCCGGCGAGCUGGGCCGCGUGCAGGACUUCCUGGGGCUCAAGAGGAUCAUCACAGACAAACACUUUUACUUCAACCAGACCAAGGGCUUCCCGUGCCUCAAGAAGGCGGAGGGCAGCAGCAAGCCCCACUGCCUGGGCAAAACCAAAGGGCGGACCCACCCGAACAUUAACCCCGAGGUGGUGCAGAGGCUACGGGAAUUCUACCGGCCCUUCAACAUGAAGUUCUACCAGAUGACGGGACAUAACUUUGGUUGGGAUUGAUGUGAAAAUCAUGGAGGACAUGUUUGUUCGUUUUGUUGAGAAGCUAUUUUUUUCCUCUGUAAUUCAUUGGCAAGAUGUGGAGAUAUUGCUAUAUAUAUGUAAAAUGUACAGAAAUCUAUUUUAUAAUAAUUUAUUUUUAUUUCUAAGCAAUUAAUUCACUAAGCUGCCUAACCAUAUUUGUACAUAACAUCUGGCCCAUAUUUUUUUUUUUUUUUUUUUUUUUUUUUUUAACAUUCCUCAUUUUAAUUUUAAAUUCUCUUCCUCUUCCCUCGUGGUCCUGUAAACUCAGUGGAGUUACUGGUGCUUCGUAAUGCAGAUAAUCUGUGAUGACUGAAGUAGGAGUAGGUGAAAAAUGCAAAAAGCACCAUAUUACGGGUACAGAGUGCUCACAGAGAAGCGGAGAACACCCAUACAUGCGCAUCCUGAUUUAUAUAUGCAUAACAACUUUACCUUCAGUUGCCAUCCUUUUCAUACCCCACCAUUCUAAGUGUGAACAUCCACUGGUUUCCUCUUGUAUGGCAUUUCACCGAAACAUGGACCUUCCAGUUAAGUUUUCUACUAUCUAAUUUUCCUGCAGUGGCGUUGGCCUAAGCAGCACAUUUCAUGUCCCUUUCCACUCAAUAACAGGUAAAUCAAUAGGCCUAAUUGAUCCUCAUUGUGUCACUCAUGCUUAAAGUAUACAGCUGCCGUUUCAUUCGCUGUGCUCCUGCUGCCUGCUCUAAUGAAUGGCCCAUCCAUCAAAGGUUAAAUCCUAUCCCGGACCACAUAAGGGCCCAUGUUAACAUUAUGCUAAUUGGGUAAGGUAACUGGGCAGAUCGAUUGAGCCUGCGUUCUCUAACUUCCCAUUAGAAGCAGCAUUGGCUCCGAGCCAGACUCUUGCCCUACCCGCUCAGUUCAAAGGUCACACAAAGUCCCAAUCAGAUUUGCUUGAGAGGUAUUUGAUUUGUUGAAGAGAAUAGAGCGCGAGCACCCGGGGUCAGGGAGACGACUGCGUAUGCCUUGUCUUCACGGUGAGAUGGAAAAUCUUGGCAUGAGGUAGCAAAGGCAUAUCUGUCGGAUACAGAGCGUAAAGAUAGAAAAGAAGAUAGGGAAAGAAGGAAAAAAAAAAAACACAGGCUGUGCCUCGCUGAAAUACCACAUCAUCAAACAGAAAUCCACCAGGCCCAUCUUAGAUCCCAG